UGCUGCGCAACGUGCGUACAACGUACAAAGCGCGUGUAGGCGUCGAACCAAUAAGCUGCUGAUACCGCGAUAUACAUUGCACAAGCUCCUUGGUGGUGUGGGGGUCUGCGGCGGCAGUGCCAGCUGAAAUGCUUCAAGUGAGACACGUCGUCCGCAACGGGAAAGUCAUCCUCGUGUACGUUCUCGCCAGCAGCAGACGACGAUGCCUGCCGACAUUUGCCGCCCGGGCUCACAGCCUGAACAACAACCGGCCAGACCACAGCAAUGCUAGUGGUCCAGUAGAGUCGGGCGCUUUGACCAGAACCACGAGCCCCAGCGACGACAAGCUGGCCAAGGAAACGCGCAGACGGACAGAUUCUCCGGCCGAGAGCCCUACGAACGGCACCAGCAGCACUGGCAGCAACCGCGAUAGCAACAGCACCAGCAAUAGCAACAGGAAGUUGGUCGCAGCGGACAAGAAGAGCGCGAGGCGAAGUGUCAAGGAGCUCAUCGCUCAGUUCACGAAAGGAACCAAGGUGCUUUGGCUUGACUUCAAGGGGUCGAGGCAGACCAAGGCAAAGAAAAGAGCCGGCCAGGUACUCACUUUUCAGGAGAACCGGCAGCUACGUCAGGUCGGGCGAGACCUUGCGAAGGCCUUGCCUGUCCUGACCGUGUUCUCGUUACCCAUCGCGGGCUACCUGGCGCCUGCACUCGGAUACAUCUUCCCCAAGACGAUGCUCCCUCCGCAGUUUUGGACCUCGCCCCAGAGGCUUCGGUUCAUGCUUGAGGAUGCCAAGAAGCAGGAGGUCUCAUCUUUCCCCAAGCUUUUGCAGCACCUGGCAAUGAUGGCGUCGUCUCCCCGACCCAACAGCAGCCCCGGACAGCUGCAGUUUUCGGCCACGUGGUUCUGGAAGGAAGGCAACUUGAACAGAUUGUCACGGGAGCACCUUUUGCAGCUAAUGAAGUCUUGCAACACCGUGCCGCCAUUCAAGAGGGCAACCGCCAGAUUUGCUCCCAAGUCAUCGCUGGUGUCCUGGCUUACCACAGAAGCCACAUCGAUCAGCAACGACGAUCUGGCUCUCAGAAAGCAGUUUUAUGACGAAGCAAAAGCACGCAUUUCCGGGCAGGAGGAAGGGUCGAAAUUGAAUCUGACGGCUCCGGAAGUUCUACUUCUAUGCUGGGAGAGGGGGCUGUUGAGAUCGCAGCACUGGCCGGACGCCCACCUGCGAUGGGCAGCGGAUGGUGCUACCAGUGGCAGCGCGGGUACUGCUGUCGACGAACCGAUUCCAGAGGCAGAGGCGAAAGCGAUGCUCGGAAGCUUGAGAGCCUACCUGUCCCUCUACGAUUCGCCAUCCGCGACUCGGAACCUGCGGGGCCGCUCCCUGGAUGAUUCUGUCGGUGCCGAUUACGAUGUUUUGUCUUCAUGCGGUACUGGCGCUGCCCUCCCGCCAUCGAUGGUGUUGCACGCCCCAGCGUUGCUUCGCAUCACGCAUUCCGCCAACGGCUCUGCUUCCCCCCUCUGCCAUCUGCGAGUCGAGAGCGCCACAAGAUAGCUUACUUAUGUGCGACGGCUCUGCCCGCCUCCUGCUUGCUAUGCUGUUGGAAUCGUGGCCGGUUUCCCCCCCACACCCUUCACUUUCGAAACGGAGGAUAUCGAUUGCCUUUAAUCGAUCAGCACGUCUUCUCUGUCGUUCGGGGGAAGCGGUACCUUGUUGUUUCACCCGAACAACGUGUUUGUGACCCGCUAGUAUCUUGUGUUUUUUGUUAUCGUGUGCGCGGCUGCUACAAUACCUUGACCGACCGCUACACAGUAGACAGGCGUUCGAUGUUGGCGUUGUUGGAUAGUCAGGAAGACGUUGACACGGGCGGCAAUACUGCUGUACAUGGAAGUUGGCGACGGAGCACGUCAUAUCAUUAGACGCGAGGCCAACCUAGAUACGUUAGACACAAUGCUAACUAGAUGUGUACGUGCGUGUGCAGUUUUUUUUGUGACUCAGGCAACGAAACGUGGUAAACGAACGUGUGUUGCUCUGUAAUAUUUUCAUAUUCCGGUGUAGGUAGACUACUGUAGAAUAUCUGCACGAGCAACCGACUAAAGGCUCACACACUGCAACUGCUGCAUCUUCUACAAAUGGACUUAUGUGUACACGCGGCGGUCUCACUUGUCACUUGAGGGAAUGGACUUGGAUCCAAGCGAAGUUGUGAUGUAUCUAUACGAAGUGUGAUUCGCACAGAUUUGCGAUAAAUGAUGGUGUACGUGACCAAACGGAAGAUUGGUCACUUGAGUAUAAGAAGACGGGACUCCGUGCGGACAUACAACACACGCGGUGAGGAUCUCACUGCGCUGGCUCAGAAAUGCACACCGUAUAUGACACAAGAUAACUCACACCCUUGACCGAUUUUCGAAGCUCGAUUUCUCAACUGCAGGAACAGUCAAAGCGCCG